AUGAAGCUGUUCCAAAACACUCAAGAAUUUUCUUAUCCCUGGGAGCAGGUAACAGCUGCCAACUGGAGAAAAUACCCAAACGAGGUCUCAACGCAUGUGGUCGCCGUUGACGUUCUCAGACGCGAGCUAGAUUCAACGGGAACGAGGCUCACGAGUGAGCGGCUUAUAACAUGCCAACAAUCUGUGCCUAAGUGGCUGGCAAUGCUGGUUGGAUCCUCGAAUAAGAGCUACGUGCGGGAAGUUUCGGUAGUGGACCUUAACGCGAAGACGCUCACGCUGCGCAGUUGCAACUUGACGUGCGCGCACUUACUGAAGGUCUACGAGACGGUCAAGUAUCAGCCUCAUGCGCUGGAUGCGAGCAGAACCGUAUUCCAACAGGAAGCACAGAUUACAGCGUACGCCACGAUCCAGACGCUCUGCAAUAAGAUCGAGGAGUGGUCGGUCAAACGGUUCGGGGAAAACGCAUCUAAAGGCAGAAAGGGGUUCGACUCCGUGCUUCGCAUGCUAAGUGACAACUGGGAGCAGCGCGACAAGCUUGUGGACGAGCUCAGUGACUCGAUUGCGGAUCGGGUUGCAGGAACCGUCGGAGAGAUCCGCGCCACAACCGACUCACUGAUAAAGGAAACGGAGAUGAAAUCAACGUCCCUUGUUUCGCGCUACUCCAAGGAGACCCAGCGUGCGUUCAAUAAGACCUAG